CUCUGCAGGGUGCCUGGCUCCAGGGGAGAGGCUGCCAGGCCCUCCAGCCCCUGAGAAUCACUGCACCCUGCAGGGGCUCUCCUGGGAAGCACGGCAGCUGCCUCUGGAGGCAGGGACAUCAGCCAAGGCCGCUGGGACAGCGCUGUGUGAGCUGUGCGAGUGGCUGGGGUGGAGGGUUGCCACCCCCCAGCACUGCAUGGCCCUCCCAGGGACAGGCCCUGAGCCAGACCUUUGCUUCCGUGGAAAAUGCCAUAUGGAGCCUGCGGCCUCACAUGAUCCUUGGCUGGGCAACCACCUGGCAAGGAGAGAGUGUCCCUCUCCAUAAAUGCAGGUGCAGAUCCUUCCCCUUCCAGAGUCCUUGGACGACAUCAAAGCCAGGUGGGCUGAGCCCCUCCUGCACCUCUGCACAGGAUGGCAACCUCAAGGCUGGUGUUGUCGCUGCUGGUCGCAGCUCUCCUGCUCCAUGUGGCCACCACACUGAAGAUUGGUGCCUUCAACAUCAAAGCCUUUGGGGACACCAAGAUGUCCAACCAGACCAUCGCAAAUAUCAUCGUCUCUGUCCUGUCGGAGUACGACGUCGUUCUGGUGCAGGAGGUCCGGGAUGCCGACCUGAGUGCCGUGAAUGACCUCAUGGACCAGCUCAACAGUGCUGGGAAGCACCCAUAUAGCUCUUUGGUCAGCGUCCCCCUGGGUCGGACCAGCUACAAGGAGCAGUACCUCUUCAUCUACAGGUCAGACGUGGUCUCCGUGCUGGGAAGCUACUACUACGAUGAUGGCUGUGAACCCUGUGGGAACGACUCCUUCAGCAGGGAGCCCUUCAUUGUGAAGUUCUCCUCACCCACCACGCAGGUACAGGAGUUCGUGUUGGUGCCUCUGCAUUCUGAGCCCAGCCACGCAGCACAGGAGAUCGAUGCGCUCUACAAUGUCUACACCGAUGUCAUCAACAAGUGGGGGACUGAAGACAUGAUCUUCCUGGGUGAUUUCAACGCUGACUGCUCCUACGUGACCAGCUCCCAGUGGCCGUCCAUCCGCCUGCGCUCCCUGCGUGCCUGCGAGUGGCUGAUCCCCGACAGUGCCGACACCACCGUGGCCGACACCGACUGCGCCUACGACCGCAUCGUCACCUGCGGCACCGCGCUGCGCCAAGACAUUGAACCUGGCUCUGCCACCGUCAACAACUUCCAGAAGAAAUUCCACCUCCAGAUCAAGGAUGCGUUGGCUGUCAGUGACCAUUUCCCAGUGGAGGUGACCCUGAAAGCCUACUGAGCCUGUCCCCACACCAGUGGCCACCAGGACACCUCAGCACACACCUGCAUCCCUCGUGGGAGCCCACGCGCCACGUGCCAGCCAAGCUGCCCACUGUCUCUACAAGGAGUCCUUGGGCUCUUGUGGAAGUAUUUUGCUUUCUGCUUCUAUUAAAAAUGAGCCUUUUCCUGCCUCUGCAA